AUGUGCUCGAGCGGUUCAUUUGAACGAGUCACUGACCGACCCAGGGAUCUCCUAGCGCGCCAUGAGCGCCUAUCCCACACUUCUCCCUCGGCGGAGACAUCCUCACCUGUGACUUCUCGGCCGAUAUUCGACGGGCUGAAUAUGCUCGCGUCGGCUGUGACAGAGAACCAAGUCCCAACGCCGGCUGAAGAUAGCCCGCAUUCUCUAGCCGGAAAUACCACCUUUGGCGCUGACAUGUCGGGAGUCACCUAUCCUGUCCCGAGCCAGACACCCGGGACAGCGCAGUCGGAAGCAACCACGUUCAGCGAACCCUUUGGGGGCUUCGGUGCGUCUGCGCCGUAUGAUGGCGACGAUUUCACUUCGUUCUUGGACAGCAUCCCCCUCCCAAGCCACCCGUACUCCCCGACGUAUCAGCCUCUGCCUUUGUUUCCCGCGUUCCAGUUCGACUCGACGCCUGUCUACGAGCAAUCCUCGGAAAGAGACAAAGAUGGCGGAAGUGUAGCAACGCCGUCGAGCUCUGUGCUCCCCCGACAUGGCACACAGUUACCUUCGUUGCAGCCGGAGGCAUCUCAUACUCCGUAUAAAGCGCGACAACCGAGAAGCUCCAUUUCUGUAACGACCCAGUGCCGAGAGCGCAUAAUAGCGCUACUGGCAGACUACUCGAAUGUCAUGCCAAAUCCCUUUGUACCCUCGCGACAUGCCCUGUCUCGCUGUCUGACUGGAUACCUGACUGGAUACCAUGACCAUUAUCCGAUCAAGCAUAUUCCCACUCUGGACGUGGAGACUAUAUCGUUAUCGUUGUUUCUGUCGAUGGCUGCACUUGGUGCACAGUAUUGCCGGGAACCAGAUACGAGCAUGAGGCUGUAUCUUGUGGCCAAAGCUGUGACCAUGGAGCAUAUUCGUAGAGAAUUUCAAUGGAUCGUGCCGAAGCCGCCCUCCAACUCUACCAUACCCAAGGACCAGGACCAUAUUGAGACCAUCCAGGCAUUGUUGAUGCUAACCUCAAUUUCGUCCUGGUUUGAACGCGACCCACCGUAUGCGGAAGGCCUCUACAUACGAGGAGUUAUGGAGACCCUCCUUCGACAGGGAGGACUAAAUGACCUCCCAAUUCCAGACGGGACAUGGGCCGGUUGGAUCCGCAUGGAAGAACGAAAGCGUACCAAGCUAGUCGUGUUCUGCUUCCUAAAUAUCCACACUAUUGUGUUUGACGUGCCGCCACUCGUCCUGACCGAAGAGAUCGCGUUAGAUCUCCCCUGUACCGAGAAAGAAUGGCAAGCGAUCACCACCCACCAGUGGAUGGAAGAACGAGGCCAAGGCAAGACGGAAGCUAAAUUUCAAGACGCCCUGUCCUCUCUCUUCAGCCAGGCUCCGUGCUCCAAGGACCGACUGAAAAGCUUUUCCUCGAUGGGCGGCUACGUUCUAAUCCACGCCAUCAUCCAGAACAUCUGGAUGAUUCAAAAAGCCAACCGACUUCCGGACACCAAAACCAGCUCUCUAUCCCCAGCUCAGAUCGCUUCUCAAGAACAAGCGCUCGAGAACUGGUGUCAAUGCUGGGAGCACAACCAAGAAUCGUCGAUCGACCCAUUUAACCCCCACGGGCCCUUAUCAUUCACCUCCACCGCCCUCCUCCGUCUAGCUUACAUCCGCCUCAACGCCGACUUCAGCUCCGCCCGGCGCUUCCAGACGUGGAGUCCUGAUGAAGUCGCCCGAUCCCUCAAGACCAACCUGGGCGUGGAACGCAGCGACCGGCUCACGCGCGCCGCAUUACAUUGCGCGCACGCACUCAGCACGCCAAUCAAGCUCGGCAUCAACUUCGUGGCACACACGCAGGUAGUGUCCUGGUCCAAUCAAUACGCCCUAUGUUCGCUCGAAUGCGCAGUCCUUCUAGCGAAAUGGUUGGAAGUUGCCACAGUCCCUAAUCCGCAGCCUGGACUUACCGAGCAAGAAACAAAACUUCUGGAAUUCGUGAUCGAGAUGGUGAUGGAAGCUCGACAUGGCGUUACUAGAGACUGGCUUCUGGCGAAUAAUACCCGUUUGAGUGCAGUCGUCACCCGGCUGUGGGCUCGGCUUUUCACAGCGGACUAUAUCUGGGAACUGGUCAAUUUGAUCGGACGAUCGUUGAACCGGUAUGCCGAAAUAUUGGAAAGCUCAGAAUAG